AUGGUUCUUAAUUUCAGAUAUAUAAAUCAACGUUUGGACUCAGCUACAGGAAGAGGAGAAGAUUUAAGUUCCGAGGAGGCUAUUGAUUUCUUUGGAUUCGCAGAAAGAGCAAUCUUGAGAGGUUCGACUCUUGACAGGAUUAUUGCGGUUGAUGUUCUCAUCAAAGUUUCUACGCUUUCUCAACAAACUGAUUGGAUCAGCGAAAAUGCAAGCCCAGAAUUUUUCAGACUACUAUUCGAAUUAGGAAGAUCUGAGAUUGACUUACACAUUUCACAGUCGAUUUUGAAGCUUUUGAAUAUUUAUUUUUCACAAGCUUCUAAAAGCAGCUCCCAAGUUUUAGUAUCAAUAUUGCGUCACCUCAAGGAUGAGAAUUCAUUUCUGGAGACAAUUAUGUCAAGCAUGAGUUUAGAAGACAUUUCUGCACUAGAGUUAUUUGCCAGUUUUGUUAUCAAAUCUCUUACAACUGUUUUCAGCACCAAAAGUGAUGAAAUUCUGAUUGAUUAUGUUAUAUCAUUUCUGGAAACCAACGUUUUUUCCAAACUUUGUUUACUGUUCAACGACCUUCGAACACAAUGUUUAAAACUGCCCGUCUUUGAUGAUUUGGGUAAAGAAUUGAGAUUUCUCAGUGAGUAUUUAUCGGGAAAGCUACUCAACACGGAAGAUACAAGCCAUGUCCAAUUGAUCCACCUGCUAUCAUCUGAGUUUCUCAAACUUGGUGGAGUCCAGUCCAAGGAAAGCUCCACGGAAAUGAGGAUUAAAAUAAACGAAGUGAUAGAUAGAGAAGAGAUUUCGCUACUAUCAGCUGUUCAGUUAUUAUGUUUUCUUUUUUCCUCUAGCGUCAUUUUGAAGAAACAUUAUUAUGAAUACAACUUAUUCUCUCAGCAAGAUUCAAUUCUCAUUUUGUUUCAGUUCUCAUCGAAGGUAUGCAGUCUUUUCUUUCAAAAGCGAAUAAGCAGUGAGAAUCUUAGACAGGUACCUAUAGAACUUAACAAAACCUUGUUCCAAACACUGAUUACUCGUUCGCUUGAAUUUUGGACGUUAUCUAUUCCAGAAUUGAAUGAUAGCACUCGCACUACAAAUAUCAUUACUCUGCUAUUCAUUUAUUUCCGCGAAUCCUUAAACUCAAAGUCUUUUGCUGCUGCUAUCACUUCCUUGUCGAAUUUGGAUCUUGACAACCUGAAAAGAUUGGAGCUUGAAGAGAUACACAAACAAAUUUCUUGGGUCCGUGCUAAUGCUGCAAAUGACUUCAUUGAAUCUUUGAAUCAAGAAACCCUAGGGUUUGUUACUAACCGAAGUUUUCUACAGCUUUCUAAAGGGUCAUGGGUUUAUUCUGAACACCCUUUGGAUGCAGGCACAGGCAGAAAGAAGUCGUAUUAUUUUCUAAGUUUAUCUUCAGAUGCAAAAGCCCUGAUUUACAAGAGAUUUUCCCGAAAGCAUUCCAAAAACCCUAAUAUUGAUCAAGAUGGUUCCAGAAUUGAAUUUAAUCAAAUUCUGAGUGUUGAUUCUGUUUCAAUCAGUAAAAAAUCCCAUGAUUCCAACCUAGUCCGUAUCAGCUCAAGAAUGCAAGUGAGUCGCAUCCAGUUGAGAACACGAAAUAACAACCACUUUUCAUUUUACGUUGAAACUGAUAGCGAUUUGAAUGUGUGGCUCGAUGGUUUGAAAAUGUUAACAAGCCUUUCGUCAAAUCUAUCUCACGAUACAAGAAAUCAGGUUUCAAGUCUGAUUAGCCUGCGUGAGGAUGCACAGUUUUUGGAUCUGGACUCUCACAUUAAAACACAUCAACAAAAAUAUGAAGAGCAUGAAAGCGCAGCUACGGACAAUCUAAUGCCCAGUAUUUUAUCUUUGAGAAGCAUCAGUAAAGGGUUUGCUUAUAAUUAA